UGUGUGUGUGUGUGUGUGUGUGUGUGGAGAGCCUUAGUUUGCAGGCCUGGAGAGGAUGUGUCAUUGCUGAGAGGUUUUCCCCUUUUUACUUGUAGGCCUCUCUCUCUGUCUGUCUCUCUCUAUUUAUCUAUCUCUUACUGUCUGGACCUAAACUUUUUUGCAGGUUUGAUUUUCUGUAAAAUGUUGUCAACCUACCAGUGACUUCUACUAAGAGCACACUGUGUAGACUUUGUUAGUCAUUAUAGGAUGGGAAACAUGCAGUAUAGUCUACGUAGCAGUUAUUAUUACGAGCAUCGUUAUGUGUUUAGUGACAAUUAUAUGUCAAUAUUCAGCAGUGGACUAUUUGCUCAUUUGUAUAAUAGCCAUGUUAUUAUAUAUCGCAGGAAAUUCACAACAGGUUGAAUGGAGAUUACCCAGUACACCAUCCACUGUAAUCACGUUCCCCAGAAUUCCUCUUACAUUCUCAAGAAUUUCACUUCCCUUUCUGUGCUGAGAUGAUCCGAAUCCACAACCCCCACCCUCUGCCGUUUUUGCAUCAGACUGAAAUGUUUCUGAGGGAAGGUACACUGUGUGACACUGUUCUCACUGUGGAGGGUUACACUUUCAAAGCACAUGCACUGGUACUAUCCUGGGCCAGCAAGACCCUUGAACGCCAGCUAAUCAACCAGAAUCCAGCUAAAGGCUACUGCUGCACUGUUGAUGGUGUUUCCCCACAAACUGUUAAGCAAAUCCUUGACUAUGUGUACAGUGCUUGCGUAGAAGUAUCAAUAGGGGACCUUCCAGAUUUGCUCAGGGGAGCUCAGCAUCUGGAGAUGCAGUCACUUUUGGAGCAGUGUGAGUUGCAAAUGGGGAUCCAGGACAGGGUUAAAAGUAGAGAAGAAGAGAGUUCCACCCCCAAAAUUAACGGAGGAGAAUGUGAUUCAAGAAAAAAAAUCCCCUCUUCUAAUGAAGUGUCUCUCAGUUCUUCUUUAGAAUCUCCUUCUCUGACACAUUUUGACCAUGAAAGGUCACAUCAUGUCACGAGCCUGUCACCCCCACCACAGAAACCCCCCUUGUCCAUAACCGUAGCAUCUCCUACAGCCUCUAGGGAGCCCAUUUCUUCCACCCCCUCACUGGCCCAGACCUCUUCACUCCACUGGCCACCAGUAAACCCAUCACGCCAUAUGGUCCUUACAUAUACUGACUUCAUGGCAUUCCAGCACAUGGUGGCAUGUUCAUACCCCACACCAAUGUACCCCUUCUUACAACACUCUCUCCAGCUCCAGAUGCCCUCAUCUCUAGUGGGAUACACAGGGCUGCUUCAUCCUCAUCAACAUCUUCUUCGUCCUAGGCCUUUGGCUCUUGAUAGACCACUUGUCCCAGAGGUCAAACAGAAGACUGACCUCAUCAGUGCAGUGCUGCCAGGAGCCGCGUCACAGGAGAGAGAAAGGAAGACAAAAGUGCAGUCAGAUAAGGAGAGCCAUUGUAGACACUGCAGUAAGCCAAUGGUAGAAAACUCCUGGAGACAGAGCAGCAGGUCAGCAUCCACAGGAUUAGAGGAGCUUCUUCAUGAGUGUAAGUUCUGUCAGAGGGAUAUGAGAGAGAAGCGUUCACUGCGCUCACUAAGAAGGGGCCAUGGAGGAGAGAAGCCCUACCAGUGCAAACACUGCAACAAGAGAUUCAGCCUGAAACACCAGCUAGAUACACAUCUCAGGGUUCAUACAGGUGAGAAGCCAUUUGAAUGUCGGCUGUGUGGUCAGCGGUCACGUGACUACUCUGCUAUGAUUAAGCACCUUCGUACUCAUGGGGGUGCCACACCAUAUCAGUGCACAUUGUGUUUAGAGUUCUGCAGUAGCCUGGUCACCAUGCAGAAACACCUGAAGAGUCAUCCAAGUCAAGAAUUUCCCCCUAACUGGAGCCUGAGCAGCACCUACCUUUACACCUGCCAUGCAUAAGAGCUGGAACAUUCUGACCAGCCAAACUCUCUCUGUGUCCAGGAUCAAAGAUAAAGAAAUAAAAAAGCCAUAUUAUAUUAUAUUAUAUUAUAUUAUAUUAUAUUAUAUUAUAUUAUAUUAUAUUAUAUUAUAUCAUAGUAUAGUAUAGUAUAGUAUAUAUAGUAUAGUAUAGUAUAGUGUGGGCAUAAGAGCCAUAUGGCAUAAGACUAACAAAGGAGUUAUUUUCUAGUACCUAUUAAACUCCUAUAGAAAAACAUAAGAAAAUUUUUCACAGUAGCAACUUGCAGGAUUUUUUGAGAAAACAGCAUAAUGUACAUAGCAUGCUAUGUUAAAUGAGAUCAGUGUUCUCAGUUUAUGGGUACAUAAACCGAAUGGUGUUCUUAAACAAAAGUAUUUACUGAAGUACAGUCUACUUACCACAAUAUCGUGAUCAAUUCAAAUAUAAGAUUAAAUAUUAAGUUAGGACAUUGUAUAUAGAGAAAGAAAGAAAGAAGGAAUCUGCUGAAGUCAUUAAUUACAGUCUCACGCAAAGUUUCUUAAGAAAUGGGACAAUGGGGAUAAGAGUCCUUCAUCAGCUGCAGCUGUGCAGACAAAGCACUUUUGAAAGCUAUACGAACCAACUGAAUUGAAUAUUUACAGUAUAUAUUAAAUGUAUUUUGUGAAUUUUGCUGCUUUAAAACUUCUUCAUAUGCAAUUUAUAUGCAGUAGCUCAAAACCAUCAGGUUAGUCUAUUUGUCUUCAUGAGACAAGCUAUUUCUUUUAUUAUUUUAUAUUUCACAGCAGUGGCAGGAUGAGUUUUCCCUGUCCCACUGUUGCUUUUCCUUAGCACUCAGGUCAUGCAUGUGAUAUAUUCAUGGCUUUUACAAUUAAUGAAUUAAAGCAUUAUAGUUACUACCAGAA